UUUUAAAAAGGAAAUGAUUAUUUCAUGUUGGUGGUGGUUUUUGGUCUGAGCAGAUUCAACUUAGGUAGUGUAGAAGUCAGUUAGGUUCUAGAGUGAGUGAGAGGUCAGAGUCAAUUCUUCUUCUCCUCCUUCUUCUUGUUUUGAUCCAAAGAGUGAGGUUUCUUCUUUCUUUCCUUGAGUUGUGAGCUAAAGAUGUCGCAGAGUCAGAGUAAGAAACUGACGCCGAAUCUGGAUAGGCAGAGCACCAAGGUGCUGAAUCUCACCGUCCUCCAGCGCAUCGAUCCCUUCAUCGCCGAGAUUCUUUUCACCGCCGCUCACGUCUCUUUCUACGAAUUCAACAUCGAAACUAAUCAGUGGAGUCGUAAGGACGUCGAAGGAUCUCUAUUUGUUGUCAAGAGGAAUGUGUAGCCUCAGUUUCAGUUCAUUGUCAUGAAUCGACGAAAUACAGACAACCUAGUAGAGAAUCUAUUGGAUUUUGAGUAUGAACUUAAGAAGCCAUACCUAUUAUAUCGGAAUGCAGCUCAAGAAGUUAAUGGUAUAUGGUUUUACAAUGAAGAUGAAUGUGAAGAAGUUGCAAAUCUCUUUAAUAGGAUACUUUCUGAAUACUCAAAGAUACCUCCAAAUGCAGUAAUGCCUUCAGUCAAAAGUGAGUCCAAGGAAGUGCCAGUGUCAGUUGUAGCAGAAAGCCCUCUGGAGUCAUCUUCAGCUCCUGCUUCUGCAGCUGAAGCUUUUGGAGGUCCUGUGUUUUCUACCAUCUUCAGUACAUCUAAGACUGCUGGAAAUUCAGAUAUAGAAAAUUUUAGACAGCCUUCUGCCACUGUAACUUCCACAUCUCAAAGUGGUAUUUUGUCCCCUGCACCUGCUAUACAAAUACCAUCUGCCUCUCCUUCAGGUUUAUCUUUGUCUGGCUUCCCGGUUGGCCCUUUUGAAACAUUCAACAGUGGCAAUCAAGUCACGAAUCUUGUUAAGCCUUCUAGUUUCUUUGCCUCCGCUUCUUCAUCUUCACAAAUAAGUGCACCUAUUUCUUCUUCUUCAUCCCCUAGCACAGCUCUUCAACAUUCCUUGAAUAUGCCACACCAAUAUGGAAGGACAAUGCCGCAACCCUUUCCACCACCUAAUCUUUCUCCGUCUAUUCCCACUGGUUCUAGCCUCACCAUCAGCCGGGACAAAGUCCGUGAUGCACUCUUAUCUCUGGUUCAGGAUGAUCAAUUCAUUGACUUGGUGUUCCAAACAUUUCUGAAGCUGAAUCAUUCUUGAGGAGUUCGAAUUUUGAGUGUUGGGUGAAAACCUGGUAUAAAUGACCGCUGUACAUAAUAGUUACACUCCCACAUUACUAACAGGAGCCUCAUAUCUCUCAUUAUAACGUAGUAUAGAUGUCCGACUGUAUGCCUGUUAAGUCUGUCCUCGUUCAGUGCUUCGUCUGUUUGAAUCUACUGAGUUUUGGCCACCACUCUUCCAAGUAUCUCUGUGAUGGCCGAUUUCCCAAUAUACUAUGACAUAAUAUAGUGAAAUUAACACAUAAUAUUCACCGAAUUCAUGUACGUAUUUGUGGACAAUGACGAAAUAAAAUGAUAAUGAAUAUAUAUGAGAAUGGAUAUUGUCACUCUUAGUUUGAUAAUGUCAUUUUUUAUAAAUUUAUGCAAAUAUACAAUAUAAAAAAAUUAUGUAUGAUUAUAUGUGGAGUAACAUUAUAAAAAAUGAGUGACAAUAUCAUUUCUCUAUAUAGAGAUAUAAAAAUUUAAUACACUAAAUACUAUUGUAACCGUCCAUGUGUACGCGAGAUUUAAUGGUGAAAUAUUAUGGAGAAUUCAUAGUCUCUAAUUCCGGUGUAUUGAAGUGGUCAUCUGUAAUGAUCUAAUGGUAAUUUGGUGGUUCGAUUUUCUUCUUUCUACAUUUUAUUUUCAGUUUGCUAGCACCUAUGUUCCUUUGUAUAAACAUGGGGAUCCUAUGUAAUUUAGUUUUAUAUCAGGUCUUCUGUCUUGGAAUAAAUACAUUGCAGUGUAGUACUCUGCUUUGCUUAUUA